AGCUUUGGGCCUUGUGGGCCUUCCCACAUCUCGUCUCAGAAGUGAUUCUAGCUAAGAUAGAGCUAAAGAGUAGAAGGAAAAUAUCUCUUCUGUCAAAAAAGAACAACAUCCAAUUCACUCGAGGACCCGAGAAGCAAAAAGCACAAACAAACAUGCCGUUGCUCACGAAGACUGCCUCUCUGCUUUGCGCAGCGGCACUCUUGUCUGGCAGAGUCGCUGCACUCGAAGCCGAAGAUUUUGAAGGCCUCCAAUUAGUUCCGUCGAUUGUUGAGCAGAGCUAUACCAGUUCUUCGAGUAGUACAACUUCGGGCGAUGGGAAGCAAGUGGUGACUCGGUCUGCCAGCUUUGCUUUCGGUCCUUUUCAGGACGUCAAGAGUGCUUGUAUUUCAACUUUUCCGCUUCAUUUUCAUGAUCGGUUGAGUAGGCUCUAUGGAAUUUAUUGCUCCUACGAAGCAACCUGUAUGGAAGUGUGUGUUAAGAGAAAGAAAAAUGAAGAGAAAAAAAAAAGUUAAGAAGAGAAAGAAAAGAAACAUGGUUUUUUAUGCUCCACUCCCUUACUCGUUCAGGUUCUGCUUGCGCCAGAAAGGUGCCUGAAGAUAGUAAUGAGUUGUUGUGCAUGGCCUCAAUUGGCGAAGGUGGUCAUGCGUUUGCAAGAGGCACGUCGCGGAAUUUGUUGAAGUCGCCGUCUUUCCGAGCAACGGCGACCCAUGAGAAUUUGUGCCUAUGUGCCGCAGAGGGACACUGUCGCGCCAUUCAGAAGCCUAAAGAACAGGAUCAGGAGCACGAAGAAGAAGAUCUUCAGGACUCGCCGUCCGAGGAUAAGCCGUCUAGUUCUGGGGCACAGCAUUUGGUGACGAAGCGGAGUCGACAGGCGGGAACUUCAUCCUCGAGGAAGGCAGGGUAUUACGUAAGCAUGUUCUAGGUCUGCUUGUCAAUCUGAUCUUCGAGCAAACGUGUCUAAGAACUCUGCAUUCUUGUUGUGGAUACUUAGGCAUUCAAAGUCUCCAUCUCCAGGUCCUCGAAGCUGCGUGAUUGGACUAGCGAUGUUUUUGCGGCUACUCCUUUCUUCGGACAAAAUGCGAAUGGUGGAAAAAGUCUAUUCCCGACUGGCGAUUUCGUGCACAAUCUACAAGAUGACUCGUCACCUCUUUUUGAUGUUGAUGCUGACAGUUUCUUCGGCAAUGUCGGACUUCCAUCCAUCCGAAUGCCGCAAAUACCCUUCUUAGCGGAUGACGAGGAGGGCUUUGCUCUUAUGAGGAUACAUAGCUAGCAGGAUCUAGGAGCUUUUGCUUGAGACGAUGGGGUUUAUUUUUUUCUUGGCAGAGUUUGCUCUUUUUGUCGUAGGUAACUGCAAAUCAUCACAAGUAAGUAACUGUCAGCGCUCUCUAAUUUUCCCUCUCCGCACUUCCUUGGAGCAGACUCGAGGCGAAGAGACGACCCACUCGUGAAGAAGUCGAAGAAGAAGAGUGUCGUACCGGACGAGUCCGCUGAAGAAUUAAGGCCUGUAAAAGAGAAGGUGAAGAAGAGAUGGAUGAUUAAUAGAAGGUGGAUGAAGAUUUUCUAGCCAUCCCUCUAAGAAAGCAGGUCAUCGAACGUGCAGGACAAAUGAGUAUGAGUUCAAGCUUUGGGCCUUUCACGCGUGGACCGGCAGAAGCCUGCGCUGCGUGCAUGGGUAUGGGCUAUGGGGAACGUGAGGUACUUAAUCCAUAUAGAAGAUGUUUGCUUUCGCCUGUUUUUCGUAGCACCGCAUUCUGUAAAUUAUCAAAGAGGUCGUGGAUUGCAAUUUUGCAAUUUCAGUUCCAGACUAUGGAUCACGACAUAUGAUGAUUGUCAUUGUUCAACGGUAAGAUGAUCAUCCAUGAUCGCAUCAGGGCGUCGGCUGUUUUGCGAGUCAGAAGACUACGUCCAUGGCGCUCGCAGCCACUGCGGACGUUCUUGAUACCAUGAAGAAUAGUAAGCAAGAGAUGUGCGCGUGUGUCAAGCACAAGGACUUCGAGACUUGUCCGACGACUCUGGCUGACGUGCCUCCUCGGAAAGGUAAAGAGGCCGCUAAGGAGGCUGCUGGAGGAGAAGAGGAGAGCACAGAGAUGGGGCAGAGUUCAGAAGAGAAUGGGCCAGACGGGCAGCAAGAAUCCGGAGCAGAAGCAGUGGGGCUCAUUAUGAACCUGAACGAAGUUAUUUGAACAGUAAAAUAGCUUCUGAGAUCUGCUGAAGUAAUUGGUAGGCUUCUCCAUCGGUUCAGUUCCACAUUCAUCAUCAUCCUUGGGCAGCUACUCUGAUUAAGAUGUGGACAAUUAUCCAUCGUGAAUUUCUAAGUCCUUGCCGCCGUCGCAAGCAGAUCAAGGGCAAAACGUGCCUCCUGAAGAUGUGGUUUCUUCGAACCAGUACGUUCGACGGGUGAAGAAAAGGGGGCGCGGUGUUGCCCACGGAGACGAGGUCAUGAAUUCUUAUGAAUGGAAGUUGGAAUACUCAUAGAGGAUAGGGAUAGUUUUGCCAUCGCCUUAUCUGAUAUUCAAGACAGUUUUUAGUAGGCGCAUAUUGUAGGGUCUUGAUAAAUAAAUAUAUGUAUGAUUAACUUCCUAGGUAGACAGACUGCGCCUAGAAUAAACGGAUCCUAGACUAGAUGGCCAAAUUUUUAUUAGUUCUAAUGUAUAUACCUUCACCUUUUUCAAUCUUUCCUAGGUAGGUUGGCUCCACCACAAAAUAUAUAACUUCCUAGAUUACUCCAUUUCCUGCACACCGCUUUCAUAAUCUACCAGCUGGCGCGCCACAGCAGUUGAAGGACCUUUUUGGUGGAGACCAGUUGAAAGAUAUGUUUGGUUUCGGCGAUAGCAAGGGUUCCAUCUGGGAUCAUCCGAUGUUUGGACGAUAGGGGUAGAAUUUUGACGGUUUUGCAAAGACGAAAAGGACGAAAGGGGAGCUUCAUCCUGAUGAAGAGAACGAGCAACGAAUGGUAUUGAUAGAUGCAGUUGAAGGGACAGCACAGAUUAUUUCCGUUUCAGGUUGUUGCAACUUACUUGUGAAAAAAAUUUCUCAUAGAUAUUGUAUAGACCAUAAAAAUGAAUGCUCGAAGAUACAGUGCUGACUCUUGUAGAAAGAAAAACUUUGACUUGUUUUCGAUUUUAGAAGUGGAGACGAAAUGACGCCACUUGUUGUGUGCUGUCUCUUUGGCACAGUUUUGCAGUUGCUGUGUAUCUGCAACUAAGUUCUUGGAACUUGUGUGAUAAAAUCUCUGAUCCCUCCAACCUGAGAAAGUGCGGAUGACUAAGUACAUCGAUCUAUUUCCACAGGUCCUACAGGAAGUCCUCGUGUCUACUUGAAGUUCAACGACCAAUGU